AUGGUACGCAUCCCCGGCGAUAACAAAGUUCAAAUACCCGAGCUGCCCUACACGGAAGAUCCGCCCGCCUACACCCCAUACGACACGCCCGAACAAUCCAUCAUCACCGGCACUGGCACUAGCGCCCCAUCAAUUAUUCCCGCCGAACCCCCCUCUCCCCCAUCCAACAAUGCCUCUUCUUCAUUUCCCCAAAAAUUAAAUACCCGCACCCCUGCCUUCCACUCCUCCUCCUCAUCCUCCUCCUUUAAUAACAUCCCUACUCCCACCUCCUCCACCCCCAACAUCCCCACCUCUAACUCCAUAUCCUCCCCACGCUCCGUAUCUCUGUCAGGGCCCCUCCAAAUCCUCGACUCCGUCUCCGCCGCCUCAUCCAUCACCCUAUCCCACCUCAUCACCAUCUUCGGGCCCAUCAAAGGAAGUUCCAAAAUCCAGUUAUCGGACCGCAUAACCGUGCAUGGCGAUAUCAACUCCAGCUCGACCGUGCUUCUCGAAAACGACAUCAGGGUUUUGGGAACUGUGAAAAGUAGCUCGAGUGUGGAAUUGAGGGGGAACGUGUAUGUACAGGGUGAUGUGAAAAGUGCGUCGAAAGUGGUGAUGGAGGGGACGGGCGGACAGGUGAGGGUUGAGGGGAGGGUAGAGGCGAGUAGUGCGGUGGUGGUGAGGGGUAGGGUGGAAGUGCAGAGUGUGCAGUGUAGUGGGAAGAUUGUGGUGCAGUGUGCGGAGAAACAGAGGGUUGUCUUGGGGGAGCUGAGCUCGAGAGGUGGACUGGAGAUUGAGGGGGAUGUAGAGGUUCGUAAUGAUUUGAAGGCAACGGGUAAUGUGAAGAUCAAGGGAAAGCUGCAUGUGUGUGGCGAUUUUACAGUUAAUGGUAAUGUCAAAGUUCAGGCUGGUUCGGAACUCAUUGUGGAUGGGAGGAGAACUGUACAUGGGAAAUUGGAGAAUGCGUGA